AUGGCAGAAAAUUCAUCUUCUCACCGACAACAUGGUCCUCGACCAAAUGUCGGAAACAAUUUACCAGUAGAAGGGAUGGUAGAAGAGGCAUCAGACGAUAAUGAGGUUCAAUCUAAUGGAGCAAAUAACCCUGUUACUCCAGGGGUAUUUCCCACAAAUCCCGCUCAAUCAAUUUUACCACCGGGAGAAACUCCGAUAUCAUGGUAUGUCCGGUCACAAGGGGCAUUAAAUGCAGUGUACACGCAGUUGUGUGUUCAAACUGCUCCUGUAACACAAUCACGAAGGCCGGGAUCUAGAGCUCAUGCUUCCCAGCGAGAAGAAUCAACUUAUGAUGGUACAAACAGCUACCAGAGACAACACCAUGAGUCACAGCCUCGUCAAAGGCAAUCGGUUCAUGAUAGGUUGGGUUCCCAAUGGGAUGCCCACACCGAUGAAUCCGAUCAAACAUAUCGUUUGAGUGCAAACACCAGUGUAUUCAACAGACUACACCCAAACUCUAACAAAUCCAGGCCUCGAGCGGUUUACAACCCUGAGGCAGAGCAUAAUUAUGACUUAGUUUACCGCCCUGCAGAAGCAGCGGAAAACUCGAAGUUUAUACUGGAAAUAGCUCUGGCUCCGUUAGAGAGGGCAAAAUUACCAUCUAACGUAGGGAAAUUCAAUGGGUUAACUGACCCCGACGAUCAUCUGAGAGUCUUCACCAGCGUAGGGUUGGUUGGCGGUUGGACUCUUCCGCUUUGGUGUCAUUUGUUUGUUCAAACAUUAACUGGGCCAGCGCGAAUCUGGUUUGAUAACCUACCGACGGGGCAAAUCGAGUCAUGGAAAGACCUGCGCCAAAAAUUCUUAACACACUUCAGCCAGCAAAGGCGUUCCACGCGGGAUACAUCCGAUGUCAUGAACAUAUGGCGUCGAGAUGACGAGAAUCUAGAAGAUUUUAUAACCAGAUAUAAUAAGGAAGUGUUGGAGAUCGGUGGUGUUCACGAACAGCUAAUCCGUGCUCAGUUUAAGUACGCGGUUAGAUGUGACGACAUGGUCAAAGUAUUAUCCGGAACAGAUGGCCUUCCCAAGAGUUGGGAAAAGAUAAUGGCGGCGGCCAAGGUUUAUGCGCAGACGGAGAAAAACCUUACUACAAAUAGGCCACCACCACCACACAGCAGGCCCACAGAUUUAAGUGCAACGGGCGAGCGAAGGUUCAAAAAAUCAUGGCGCGAGUCAUCCGGAAGUUGCUCCUCUGAAGAUGCUCGCACAACAAUUAACAAACUCUCUGCUCAAAGAGAAAACAAGCAUGAAAAUAGGGAGAGGCAGUGGACCCCCCUAACAAAGACCCCGGCAGAGGUUCUGAGUACCGAGGAUUAUCAGUUCAAACCGCCAAUCCCAAUGAAGAGUAAACGUGGUCAAGACCUGGCGCAAUAUUGCGAAUAUCAUAAGGACACUGGGCACACCACAAACAACUGCAUUUCCUUGCGCACAGAAAUAGAGAAAGCCCUCAAAAAUGGGGAGUUUGCGCAUCUACUCCAGAAUAUGCGCAAGGAGAUAAAGCAGAUUACCCGGGGGGAAGAAACCUCCAGCAAGCGAGCAAAGACUCAAGGGACUCUGUAG